AAGGUAACAAGGCACCGUAAACUCGCUACGAAAUCAGUAUGUAUUUCGACUUAGUUCGACAAAAGUGCUGAGCGGAUUAUUAAGCAAAAUGUGGACUGGAUACGUGGUAGUUCUCGCAGCGGUCUUAGGCGUGGCAUCCUGCUACCCCGAAGGACGUGUUGUAAAUGGCACAUCCUCGGUCAUCACAAAGUUCCCAUUUUUGGUAUCCUUGCGCGGUUCAACCGGUUCCCACUCAUGCGGUGCUACCAUCAUAGCGCCACGUUGGAUACUCACUGCCGCGCAUUGUGUUGUUAGUGCAACGGCUAGCAGGAUCAGCAUUCAGUACGCCUCGACCGAAAUCGCCGCUGCAAGCUCCAAUGUGGCGAAGGUUAAACGCAUCAUUGUACACGAGGAUUACAGACCCGCAGACGCUUAUGCCAAUGAUAUUGCCUUGCUGGAGUUGUUCGGUCAGUUGGUGUACAACUAUAAAACAAUUGCACCGGUUACCUUACCGGAACCAUACUUUGAAAUACCGCAAGUGCAGGCUGGCGCGCCAGGCGUUCUCGCUGGUUGGGGACGCAAUGAGACCGGUGGUCCGGUUCAAAGGGUUCUGCAAGAAGUCGAUUUGAAACUCUUCUCUGAUGAUGAGUGCAACGCACGCCAUGAGGGACGCACGACCAAAGAUCAUAUUUGUGGUGGCGUCGAUGAAGGUGGCAAGGGUCAAUGUAAUGGUGACUCAGGUGGUCCUUUGCUUUAUAACGGUUCUAUACAAUUGGGCAUAGUAUCGUGGAGUAUCAAACCUUGUACCAUUUAUCCAUAUCCCGGUGUGUUCACCAAAGUUUCGCAUUAUAUUAGUUGGAUUCAAGAAAAUAUGAAUUCAUCAUUCUAAAUAAAAAAAACUUUCUAAAAUAAGGCAUUAUUAUGUCUGUUAAUCAUUGUUGAUAUA